AUGCUACUAAGUAGCCUUGCCAUGCCGCGGGCUAAUUUGAACCAACUGACCCUACCCAUGGUCCUCUCCCUCCUCAUCUUCCUUUUCUCCCCCGCGUCAUGGGCUUUUGAUGGACGUCUAUCUCUUGGCGCCGCCCUUGACACUUCAGAUAAGACUAUGAGGAUCGAAUUUCCAGCUAGUGUUGGGGAGCAACUUCACUUAACACAAUACCCACUGGAGAUAUAUGGAAAAGAAAUUGAGCAAAUUAAGAUAUAUGCCAACGGUUUCGUCGUAUUGGGGAAUCAUAGUCUUGAAUUGCCCCUGAAUUACCCCAGCCAAACGGCCUACUCAAAGCAUCGUCUCAAUGAGAUACAGGGGGAUUUCAUUGGUGUAUUUACAACUGUCAACCAAUGCAGUCCCAAAGGCAAGAUUAUCAUCAGAGAAGUUGAUGUGAACGAGGUGGAGUCCGGUACUUGUCUAUUCGAGCACAUUGUGCGGAUUGGAAGCAUAAUCGAUACUGCUGAACUAUAUUCGGAAGGCACAGAGUUUCUCGCUGAUUAUAUCCUCACUAUCACCUGGGAGAAUAUGGGAUGUGUGCCGAGUUCCGAGCCCCUGACGAACACAUUCACUCUAGCUUUGGUGAGAAUGGAGGAUAGAGUGUAUGCAAUCUUCCAGUAUGAUGAUAUUCAAUGGACGGCGGAUCAUUCAACUUCUAGUUUACCACCCGAAGCUGGAAUCUUCAUUCAUGACGAGGAUACACCACAGCUUCCACGAAAUAAUAUGCAUAUUGAACCACAUGUUUGGAAUGAAGAAUCCAACAUUGCUGUGCCUGGAGAAUGGUUCUUCCCACUGAAUGAUGGCCCAAUUGACGUGGACGUGGAAGCUCAGUCAAAAAUACGUAUGCUAACCGAGGACUUUGUGGAGACCAGUACGACUAACUGUCCCGACAUGGUUGUAAACAAUCCACCUUCCACUACUCCAGGCCAUGAUGGAGGAUCCUCCACAAGUCCCACACAGGAAUCUUCUACAAUGACAGUGCCACCAUCAUCUUAUCAAACUGAUUCAGAAUCGCCUUCAUCGACGGGUUAUGCAACUGAGGUUACAUACAAUCCGCCUUUUACCACCUCUGAAGGUGUGCCUUCUGAUGUUGUUGUCACAGAUCAGGAGAUAACGUCCAGUUCUCAAACUCCGUCUGACAAAACGACCUACGAUGACUAUUACGCCACACCACCAAGCAUGGACCCCCAGAAUUGUGAUAGCGGUGCGUGCGAAGAUCAAAUGUCCUCGUGUUUCAUUUUCGAUGGACAGAAUUGUUGUGUUUGUCCUCCUGGUUACUAUGGUGGUGGCCAAGAGGGUUGCCAUCCUCUCAAACCAAAAGAGUCCCGUAGAAUCUACGUUGAUGGUGAACUAAAAAUUGAUUUACCACAUCAAGAGCCAACCACUUCCUCCUUUUUCCUUGAUACGGAAGUACGAAGUGAUAAUAGUCUUCUAACUCAGUCGGGUACAAACAAUUUACCGCGCAAUUUCUCGACUAUCCAUGCUCUUUCCCCUAUUUUCAACAUAAUCAACACCUUCUUCGCGCUUCCAAGAGAAGAGGCGAAUGACGAUCACAUUUUCAAUGUCUUCUCCUUGACGUCUGGUUUCACAGCUCCUUUCAAUUUUUCCUUCUACGUAACUGUUGGACGAUAUGGUCGUUUAAGUGUCAAGGGUGAUCUCAAGCGCGUUAGCUCUGAUCGUGACGAUUAUAAGGGUUCCUUGAAUAUUCAGAUCAGGCCAGACGGCUCAUUCUUACCUCUGGACUCCCCAUUAGUGAAUUCUGAUGGCCUUCUUCAAGUAGAUAAUCAACAAGAUCGUUUAGUUGAGCUAGAAAGGGUUGAAGCUGGAAGGGUUCAAUUCACCCCCCUAACAUUUAAUUUCAUAUCAGCAUCUGGAGAGAGAGUAGCUGUGGAAAUAAAAGGCGAUGGAGAAGCAGACACCAGAGAAGGAGCGUGCCUGCUUGCAGAUGGAAGUUUGCUGAAAAUUGGACAGAAAUACGCCUUUAAUUUGGGCUCACAGGGCUAUUGUAGAGAAGAUUGCCAAUCCGAAAGCUCCUGUUCCUUCUACUGUGUCGAUACGCCUAUUCUUGCAAGCUCCGCAUCAGGUGGUUCACAGGUUAAAUCAACUCCGAUUCCAUCAGUUUGCCAAAUGGAGUUAGAUGCUGGGCCAUGUGCAGGUUAUUUUGUUCGUUAUGGUUUCCAUAGCCAAAAGGGACAUUGCAUCGAGUUCGUUUACGGUGGUUGCCAAGGCAAUGCCAAUAACUUUGAAUCCAUAUCAGAGUGCGAAGCCGAAUGUGGAAAUGGAGACAAUGAAGAGCCUCCUCGACAAAGUGAAGAUGUGUGCAGUCUUCCGACAGACACCGGUCCAUGUUAUGCGUUCAUACGUCGUUAUGCAUACAAUCCAUCGACAAGAAGAUGCGAAAUCUUCACUUAUGGAGGUUGUCAAGGCAACGACAACAAUUUCGAGACAGAAGAAGAAUGUGAACGUCGUUGUGGAGGUUCGGAAAUUAUUUUCUCUCCAGGAGCAGGAGUAACUGAAGGCACCGGUGGUAUUGGUGGUAUUGGCAGUGUUAGUGGUGAUGUGUGUAGUCUCCCUUCAGAAGUGGGUCCAUGUAGUGACUAUGUGCUGAAAUACACCUACAACACAUCCUCUGGUCGUUGUGAGAUGUUCUACUAUGGUGGUUGUGAGGGAAAUGACAACAGAUUUGAGAAUUUGGAGGAAUGCCAACAACGUUGUGAAUCGUCUGUGUCGAGAGUUGAUUGA